CAUCAAAGUUCAAAGAGGGGGUCAUGUCUGAAGUCACGAAUCAAAGUAUUAACUGUUGCGUAACACAGAUAACAACUUGGACUACAAAAGACAAACAUUGGAAGGUUUGAUUUAGACGUGUGAAUCAUCAAAAAAUGCGAGUCUCCGCACUGUUCCUUGUUCUACUCGUCAUUCUUAUGAUGGUGGAACUAUCCCAGACUGCAAGAGGUGUCAGAGGAAGUUCUCGAGCGGGACGCUCCAGAAAUCGAUCACGCACUAGAUCAGUUUCAUCAGGAUCGAGCUCGAAACCUAAAAUCACUAAAUACACACCGAUUCCAGCCACCUCAGUACGGUCUCCGGUGAUCGUCAAGCAAACCAGGCUGGGAUCACGCUCAGGAACAUUCAAGAAAGUUGUUGCCGCUUACCUGGUGCGUCGCUAUAUGUUUAGCAAUGCUCCAGUAUAUCGGUCUGGAUAUCCAAUGUACCGAAGUUAUGUCGCCAUUCCAACGAAUAGAGCUGUGAGGCUUUCACAUGAGGAAGAGAAGCUGCUGAACGAUCAGGGAGAACUCUGCCUGGGAGAAUUGGCGGGAAACAGAACGCUAGAAGAAGGAAUUGACGAGAACUUGGUCGAAUUGAACACCACGGUCAAGUACAAUGAUGGAACAAUGGUGAAACUGCAUGGAUUUGACAACACAAUUUCACUGAAGGAUAUCAAAGAUCAAGGCUUUGAAAUAACAACCCUUGCGCGAUAUAAUACUUCAAUAGUGGCGGGAACAACCUGCACACAGGUUGAGGUGACGGUAGAAGGCACAAUAGUUACAAUGUACGAAACAAAUCCAAACGGAGCAAAUAUACCUAAAAUCAGUAACAUACUGCUUCCGGUUGUGUUUUCGCUUUUUGUGUUUUCUAACAUUUUUCUUUACUAACUGCG